AUGUCGAGCGAUCCGAAUCCAAAGCCACCGCAUCCCACCUCAGCCGCCGACACCAACGCUGACCCCGCCGCCGCGUCGUCUCCGACUCAUGCUUCUCCGUCCAGAGCCAAGCUCCGUAAGAUUCCUCCCAUCCCGAUUCGCCGGAGCCCUAGGCAUCUGGCCGAGGUUAACGAAGAGAGCGAAGAAGAAGAAGAAGGAGACGACGACGAAGAUGACGACGACGACGAAGACGAAGACGAUUUCAGGGAGCGGAGAGAGACCACGCCGAUCCUAUUGGCGGCGUCGCUAGGGCUCAAUCACAUCAGGACUCGAUCGGCGCCGUCGCCGCUUCGAUUCUCCUCCUCCGCCUGCGGCGGGCCUCUAACUCUCGCCGAGGAAUCGAAUCAUAUGAACUACACGGUCAAGGCAAAGCCCCAACCAGUGAAAUUUGUGAACUCGAAUCAAUCAAAAUCGCUGAAAAUUCCAUCACCGCUCAAUCCUGUGUCUGAGGGUAGUCAUGCCGGUCUUACAAAGGAAAUGCAGUCCCCUCGGUUUCAGGCGAUACUGCGAGUUACGAGUGGACGAAAGAAGAGAACACCUGACAUCAAGAGUUUCUCUCAUGAACUUGAUUCCAAAGGAGUUCGACCAUUUCCUGUGUGGAAGUCCCGUGCAUUCGGGCAUAUGGAGGAGGUUUUGGUGGCGCUCAGGGCAAGAUUUGAGAGGUUAAAGGAUGAGGUUGAUGUUGAUUUAGGUGCAUUUGCGGGUGAUUUGGUGGGUAUACUUGAGAAGUCUUCUGAGUCUCACCCUGAGUGGAAAGAGGAUUUUGAGGAUUUGCUAAUUGUUGCACGGCAGUGUGCAAAGAUGUCUGCUAACGAAUUUUGGAUCAAGUGUGAAGCCAUUGUACAGAAGUUGGAUGACCGGCGUCAAGAGCUACCAAUGGGGGCCCUGAAACAAGCACAUACUCGUCUUCUUUUCAUUCUUACUCGGUGCACACGGCUUGUGCAGUUCCAGAAAGAGAGUGGUUAUGAGGAAGAGCACGUUCUUAGUCUUCACCAGCUCAGUGACCUUGGUGUUUACCCGGAACAGAUUAUGGAUGGUGCAGAACGGAAGGUGAAAGAUGCAAAUGAGAAGCUUAAGAAGUCUCGUGAGCAAGAAAGAGCUAGUGGAGCUGAUGCUGUGGAGGUUAGCACUGCCAAGAGUGUUGAAUCUACUAGUAGCUAUAGGAUGUCAUCUUGGAAAAAACUUCCAUCCGCUGCUGAGAAAAAGCAGAAAGAUGCUGAUGCUGCUAGUACACCAUCUACGGACAAAUCAGAACGUUUGCAAGGAAAAGAUAAAACAAAAACUUGUGGCGACUACCUUACUGAGAAUCUGGAUACUCCAUCAUCCCCUCAUGAACACUUAGAGAUGUCCACAAGUGCACAAACAGUAUCUUGGGUAACAAUUGGGGAGCAAAAUGUUACGUAUGAUAAUUUGAUGAUCUGUCGGAUAUGUGAGGUUGAAAUACCAACUGUACAUGUAGAGGAGCACUCUCGAAUAUGUACAAUUGCUGACAGAUGUGACUUGAAGGGCUUAACUGUGAAUGAAAGACUUGAAAGAGUUGCUGAAGCUCUUGAAAGGAUAAUGGAAUCUCGGAUACCAAAAAAUGUUGAUUCACAAGAGACAAGUUUUGAUGUCACAAAAGUGUAUCCAUCAACUCUCCAUGAAGAUUUUGAUGCCAAAAAGAAAAAAAACAACCAUGAAAAUUUAGAACUCAAACAAAAUGACUUGCUUCCUCGUUACCCUGAAGACAUGCUUGAUUGUGUUCCUGAUGCCGACAAUUCUUUUGUCAUGGAAGAUCUUAAUAUUAUGUCUGACAUGUCAUGUGAAGCACGUUCUGCUUUGACACCUGAACAAGGCACCAGAACCUCAUCCGCAGGAAGCUCCACGCCAAGAUCACCACUUUUAACACCUAGAACCACUCAUAUUGAGAUGCUGUUGAGUGGAAGGGGAACAUUACCAGAACUCGAGAAUUGUCAGCAGAUACACAAACUACUGGAUAUCGCUCGUUCUGUUGCAAAUGUUAGCCAUUGCAACUACAGUGCAUUGGAAUAUAUGCUUGAACAACUAGAAGACCUAAAAUAUGCUAUCCAGGACAGGAAGGUGGAUGCCCUUGUUGUAGAGACUUUUGGUAGACGCAUUGAAAAAUUAUUGCAGGAAAAAUAUGUACAUCUUUGUGGGCAGAUAGAAGAUGAGAAAUUGGAUGCAUCAAAUGGUAUGGCAGACGAAGAAAGUUCAGUGGAAGAUGAUACAGUUCGUAGUCUACGUACCAGCCCCAUGAAUCCAUCUAAGGAUCGAACAUCAAUUGAAGAUUUUGAAAUAAUAAAGCCUAUAAGCAGGGGUGCAUUUGGACGAGUUUUUCUUGCCAGAAAACGAGCGACUGGUGAUCUAUUUGCUAUUAAGGUAUUAAAAAAGGCUGAUAUGAUUCGUAAGAAUGCAGUUGAAAGUAUUUUGGCAGAGCGUAACAUCCUUAUAUUGGUUCGCAAUCCUUUUGUGGUCCGAUUUUUCUAUUCCUUCACAUGCAGGGAAAAUCUUUAUCUUGUCAUGGAAUACUUAAAUGGUGGAGAUCUUUACUCUUUAUUGAGAAAUCUAGGCUGCUUAGAUGAAGAUAUGGCCCGUGUAUAUAUUGCAGAAGUUGUUCUUGCUUUGGAGUAUCUACAUUCAUUAAAUGUUAUUCAUAGAGACUUAAAGCCAGACAACUUGUUGAUUGGUCAAGAUGGUCACAUCAAGUUGACAGAUUUCGGGCUCUCCAAGGUUGGUCUAAUCAGCAGCACUGAUGACUUAUCAGGUCCAUCAGUUGGUGAUACUUGUUUUGUAGGAGAUGAUGAACCGAAAAGUCCAUCUUCAUCUGAGAGGUCAGAGCGCCAAAAACACUCAGUUGUUGGCACCCCCGAUUAUUUGGCACCUGAAAUACUUCUUGGCAUGGGACAUAGUGCAACUGCUGAUUGGUGGUCUGUGGGUGUUAUACUUUUCGAGCUACUUGUUGGCCUUCCACCAUUCAAUGCAGAACAUCCUCAGAAAAUUUUCAAUAAUAUAAUAAACAGAGAUAUCCCCUGGCCUAAGGUACCUGAGGAGAUGAGCAAAGAAGCAUAUGACUUAAUUGACCAAUUACUGACUGAAAACCCAGUUCAAAGACUUGGAGCAACAGGUGCUAGGGAGGUUAAGCAACAUAUUUUUUUCAAGGAUAUAAACUGGGAUACACUAGCUAGGCAGAAGGCUAUGUUCAUACCUUCAACGGAUGCACAUGACACAAGUUAUUUCAUGAGCCGGUACAUAUGGAAUCCAGAAGAUGAGCAUGUUAUUGGAGGCAGUGACUUUGAUGACCUGACUGAUACUUGCAGCAGUGGUUCAUAUAUUCAAGAUGAAGACGGGGAUGAGUGCGGUAGUUUGGCAGACUUCAGUGCUCCAGCCCUCGACGUGCAGUACUCAUUUAGUAACUUCUCAUUUAAGAACUUGUCUCAGCUGGCUUCCAUCAAUUACGAUCUUGUAGUGAAGACCAAGGAAUCACCAGACGCCUCCAAGUCAUCUGUUCCAUGACAAUAGAAAUUCUGCUAUGAGCCUUUAACCCCUACAGGCUCCAACCUAGGAUCAGGUUACUAUCACGUCUCACCUAUCUGCAGAUAUAGUUUCUUGAAGAAAGUCCUCGACUUGAAUGGUUCAGCAAGUGCCUCAUCCGUUCGGUGAAUAACAGUGUUCCUCUAUUAGACAAAGGUAGUGUCAUCUUGAAUCGAGUCUAGUUAGUGUCAUCCACUUAUUUCGUUGCAUUUCAUUCGAUUGCAGACAAACUUGUUUAGUUUUUCUUUCUCUAUUGAGUCUUAACCACGCAUGUCUUGUAUAUAUCUUUUCAGUAGAAGAAAACUUUGCACCCUUGUUUUGUUAGUGAGGUUCGAAAUCGGCAAGUAGGCAAUCAUACUCUUUCUCA